AUGAAGUUGAAUUUACUUGAUCAAUGUUUGGCGUUUCUCAUAUCUCUUGCAUUGAUUCAAUGUGAGAAUCAAGAACAAAAUGUGCUCGCAACGAAUAUACCAGUUCCAAUGCUUGGUCAUAAUGUUCUUCAAAAAGGUCGCAUCAUAUCGAAGCCUUUUGUUCAAUCAAAACCGGCUGAUCAAGUUCAAACGUCUGAAUUGAAAAUCGAUAAUAAAAACCGAAAUAAGCCGAAAUAUGUUUCUAAUGGUGAUAUUCUUCUUCCGACUGAAGAAACCCAAUUUUCUGGUUCAAAACGAUUUAAACGAAAAAUAAUUCCUGAAACGAAUAUUUAUGGUGUUAGCAAUCGAUGGCCCCGUGGAAUUGUACCCUAUGAAUUUAUUUCUGGAAUAAAUUAUCGUGUACAACAAAAUGUUUUGAAUGCAAUUCAACAUUGGCAUCAACGUACAUGUAUUCGUUUUGAACCUUACAAUCCAUCGCGUCAUUGGAAUAUUGGUGCAAAGAUUAUCGUGAAAGAUACUGGAUCUGGAUGUGCAACCUUUGUUGGUUAUCAGCCAUCUUCAAAUGGAUAUUUGUCAGCUUAUUCUCUUUAUUUGCCAAUGGAAUGUCCGCUCGGUUCAGCUAUUCACGAAUUAGGACAUGUUGUUGGUUUUUAUCAUGAAAUGGCUCGUGUAGAUCGUGAUCAAGAAAUAAAUAUCAAUUUUAAUUUAAUCUUAGGAAGCGAAAUAAGACAAUAUGAUCUAAUGUCAAGUUCAAUACAUAGUUAUUAUGGACAACCGUAUGAUCUUGGUUCUAUAAUGCAUUACUAUCCUACACAUUUUAUGGAAGCUCGUGAUAAUCGUCGUACAUUUCUUAUGGGUCAACGUAUAGCUUUAUCAUAUCUAGAUACUAAAUUAGCAAACUUAGGUUAUCGUUGUGGUGAUAAUUGUAUACCGAAACCUGUAUGUGAAAAUGAAGGUUAUAUUAAUCAAUAUUGUCAAUGUACAUGUCCAGAUGGUUUCUAUGGUGAUCAAUGUAAUCUACUUGAAGGAUAUUUAACAACUCCCGGGCUUCUUCCAGAAAUUAAGCAAAAUGUUCAUUCGAAGGAAAUUGACAAACCACAAACAUUGCCAAUAUCAUUAUCAAAGAAAUUGAUGAAUGAUGCUCUGACAAAUACUGGUAUUCGAUGGCUUGAGUGGAGUGAUUGGUCUAAUUGCAGUGAAUCUUGUGGUAGUGGUGUUCGAGUUCGUACUCGUCUAUGUUCUAACACAAUUGUAGACGGUAAUAAAGAGCCAUGUUCAUUCUUGCGAGGUAGUUCAUUCGAAAUGGAAUCAUGUCUAAAUCCACCAUGCACACAAACUGAUAUAAUUAUGAGUUGUACCUUCGAUAUUGUUGGCGAAUUAUGUCCGAUAAGAAUUAAUAAUAAAUGGCAAAUUCAAGAAGGUAUGCAAACAGAUCAUAUUCGACCGAUUGUUGAUCAUACACGUGGAGAUGGAAAAUAUCUUGUUAUUGUUGGAACUAAAAAUAGAUCAGAUGAUUCAAACAAAAUUCAAUUAGGUCCAUUUACUCAUUCGAAAUUAUCUAAUGAAAACAAUCAUUGCUUACAAUUUUGGUAUUCCAUAUAUGGGCAAGGUAUUGGUAAACUUAGAAUUAUUUAUAACAAAACAGAUACAACUCAGGAUGAUUAUUCAUUUACAUUCAACUGGAAAGAUCAAGACAAAAACUGGAAACAAAUUCAACGAACGAUUUUCAAUGUUAAUGCUUAUGAAAUUGCUUUUGGAUAUGAGCCAAUAACAUCGGAAUAUAAUUAUAUUGCAAUCGACGACAUUAGCAUUAUAAAUGGAGCGUGCAUACCAAAAAAAAUUAAUAAUCAACGCCGUCGUAAACGACAUCAAGCCACUGCCGGUUGUAGUCGUGUUAUUGAUUUGACACCGAAGAAUACAGUUGUAUCAAUAAUAUCUCCAAAUUAUCCAAAUUUAUAUCCAAUGAAUGCUUUAUGUUAUUAUUACAUUCGAGCACCACAGUCUCUUCGAGUUAUACUUCAAUUUACAGAUUUUAAUAUACCGACAUAUAAUAGAAAUAGUUGUGAUGAUUCAGUUGAAAUUCGCUACUAUCAUCUUGGACAACCAGGUCCAACCUACUGUGGGACAGGCGCUAAUUCGAAUAAUUUACAAUUUGUUAGUUCAAAAAAUUAUAUAAUGAUUGUUUUUCGAUCAGAUCAAAAUACUGCUGGACGCGGCUUUCGUGCACAAGCGAUACUCGCUAAGUAG